GGGUUGGAAGGCGAACCCUAGAAGGCUGCAUAUUAGCCCAAAAGGCCCCCUCCCUCGCCUUAUCUACCAGAGCCAAGAAGAUUUCAAAAAUGGCGAUAAUACCGCAAAACUUGCUGACAAACAACCUUCAAUGGGUUCCCAAUAAACCUCUAUCCAAUACCCUCAACCAUAGUCGACCAAUUACUCGUAUCUUCUUAUGUUCUACAUCAUCAUCAUUAGACAAGAAGUAUAGCGGCAGAUUAGGGAUUAGUACCCAUGGCAGCCAUGUGAAAUCAUCGUUUGAUUACAACAAUCAUAACGGUGUUAACACCAACAAUGGUUUCUACGAGUACGAGCAGGGUUUAGUGGGAAACGGCCAACAAUACCCUAGACCGUCGGAAGUUCCAUGGAAGAAGGAGUUCUGUAAUUCCGUUCAACUUAUCGGAAUCGUUGGUACUCCGGUUGAAUUUAAGCAACUUAGUUCCGGUAAGGUCCUCGCUUGGUCUCGCCUUGCCGUCAAAAAAUCCGCCACGGAUACUACCUGGAUCAACUUGACGUUUUGGGAUGAGUUGGCACAUGUUGCUUCUCAGCAUGUGGAGAAAGGACAACAAAUAUAUGUAUCGGGCCGACUUGUUUCAGAUACAGUUGAUAGCGAUGAUGGCAAGCAACAAACCUACUAUAAGGUAGUUGUUCAACAGCUGAAUUUUGUUGAGAGAAGCUCAUCUUCACUGUCUUAUGAUGGAGACUCCAACUUCAACUCCAGCUCGGGAUCAAGCUCCAUGACAACAGGUAAAAAGCAAAAGAAUUAUGCAGCAAACGGCACCGGAUCGACAGAGGAACUAUGGCAAGCUUUCUUCGCUAAUCCUACCGAAUGGUGGGAUAAUAGGAAGAACAAGAGGAGCCCAAACUAUCCGGAUUUCAAGCACAAAGACACCGGUGAAGCCUUAUGGGUCGAAGGGAGGUACAAUCCAUCUUGGGUUAAGUCUCAGUUAUCGAUAUUAGAUUCACGAAUGGAAUCUUUUCACAAUCAAAACGCUAAUAAGCAUUCAGAUUUCAUGUUUGGAGACAACUUGACGUCUUAUUAACUUAUGAUUUAGCCCAAGAAACGCCAUUAUAAUUUUGUGUAUAUGAUUCUAUUAUCUUUAGCUCAUGCUCCUAGACCCUGCUUUCGAAUAGGAUUUACCGGGUCAGUUUGGUUUUUACCUGUGGCUCAUGCUUAUGUAUAAUGCCUGUGUUGGUUUGUUAUAGAAUGUUUUCGGUUUGCUCUUGGCUGCAA